AUGGAGGACGACUACUAUUCAGUUGAUGCUAUUCUCGCCGAGAAUCAGAAAAUCCAAUUGACUUUCAAAGUCGAUGUCCCCGACAUGGGGCAUUUAGAUGGAGGAAAAGAGCGUGACAUAAAACCCUUAAGCAAGGUGUCCAUCCCGCUCUGGCUCGCGUAUAUUCUCAUCAUGUCAGACUAUGCCGACUUUUCAAUACCGCCGCCAUUUAGUUCGCGUGUCCGAAACGCUUUAAAUGCUGAGCCCAAGAGCGUAAAGCUUUCCGGCCUCGUGGGACAGGGAGGUUUGUGGUACGGGUUUGGCAAGAUGGUGAUGCGAUUGCUAGACGAGCCGUCCGCGGAUGAGAUGUCGACGAUACUGACCAAGACAUUCAAGGAUCGGCUCAUAGAAGUCAUCGAUCAGGCCCAGCAUUUUGGUGCAUUGGGCACAGGGAGUGUGGGCGGCGGCGGCGAUCUGACUCAAUCGUUCAGGGAAGGGCUGGACGGGACCGAGCGAGAACUAUUCGCCCUCGCUCAGCAGAGUGCAAAGAACGCGAAGCGGUGGUAUGAAACAACAGAUCGAGCGAGGAAAUAG